AUGUUUAUCAUCAAUUUCAGCUGCCGCCUCUUCUCCUCCUCGGACAGCAGCACGUGCCUCCUCAAUGCUGCUGACACCGUCUCAACAGUGGACGUUGAAGUGACAGCGGGGGUCACGCCGGACUGCGUCAUCACAGAAAACUCUACUGUGAUUGGCGCAUGCCGCUUGUGGAAUGUAGGACUUGUAGUUUUUAAACAAUUAGCAGCGGAGGAAAAAUAUAUCACGCCGUCUUCACGCUGCACGACUCCCUGUCUCUCUGCGGCCAACUUGGCCUCCCUGGGGGGGACCUCCUCGAGACGGGGCAGUGCAGACACGGGCAGCAUUGUCGACCCUGACACCAGCCUGAGUGAAUUUAGGGAUAUCUAUGAUCUAAAGGACCAGAUUCAGGAUGUAGAGGGGCGGUACAUGCAGGGACUUAAAGAGCUGAAGGAGUCGCUGUCGGAGGUGGAGGAGAAGUAUAAGAAAGCCAUGGUGUCGAACGCACAGCUGGACAACGACAAAGCCAAACUCAUCUACAACGUGGACACACUCAAAGAUGUCAUCGAGGAGAUGGAAGAGCAGAUGGCCGAGAUGCGUAGGGAAACUGAGGACAAGUCUAAGCAACUAGAAAGACAAAAGCACACAUGCACAGUCCUGCAGCACAAACAAGUGGAGUUAAAGGAGGGAAUCCGCCGAAGAGAUGAGCACAUUGAGAAACACGGCCUGGCCAUCAUCCCAGAGGGAAUGCCUAACGGGGACAUCAACCAUAACGACCCAGCCGCAGGGAUCACCGUGGUCACACAGGAGGCUGCCCAGGUGCUGGAGUCAGCAGGAGAAGGGUCUCUGGAUGUUAGGAUACAAAAGCUUGCGGAUGAAAAGGACGAACUCUUAGCCCAGAUCAGGAAGUUGAAAAUGCAACUGGAGGAUGAGAGGCAGAAGCACUCUAAGAUGGAGAAUGCCUUCACAGAUGGAGAGAGGAUGGAGAACGGCACUGACCUGCACUUCAUUGAGAUGCAAAGAGAUGCCAACAGACAGAUAAGUGAAUACAAGUUCAAGCUCUCGAAGGCAGAACAGGAAAUGGGCACAAUGGAACAAAACAUCAACAGACUGGAAGGACAAGUGUCCAGAUACAAGGCGUCAGCGGAUAACUCAGAGAAAAUAGAAGAUGAACUGAAAAUUGAAAAAAGGAAACUUCAAAGCGAGCUGCGGAUUGCACUAGAUAAGAUUGAGGAGAUGGAGAUGACCAACAACCACCUAGUAAAGCGCCUUGAGAAGAUGAAGGCCAAUCGAAACGCCCUUCUGUCUCAGCAGUGAAAGCCGCUGGAUUGCCACAGAAGCCGUUAAACUCAUACCUUUGACUGCCAUAUUGCGUCUGGAGCACGUUUCCAUUCUUCCUCAGUAACACUUGUUGUGUAGCAAAACCAAAAACAGAAAAAAGCAACACUGGUAGCAGAGAGGCAAAAGUAUUUUUAAAAUAAAAUAUAGGCAUUGGUUUGUCUUUUUUGUGUGCCAGUGUCUUUCGAAGGGAGACUCAAAAACCUAUUAAACCAUAGUUAUUAGGGGAAGAUGAUGAAUCUAAGAAAUUCGCAACUCAUUACUUUAUUUUUCAAUGCUUUUGGACUACAUGUUAUUCACAAGGUUUUACUUCUCUCUGGCUGGGUGCUUGGCUAUUUCUUUGUUUUGUAUUUUUUGAUAAGUUGCAUGAAUGAGUAUUAUGACUGUUUUGAACUGUUAAACCCUUAAGGCUGCUCUCUCUGGCCUGCACCUAUCUAUAAUCCCUCACACAGUGAAGUGCCUUCUCACACCUAGAGACUGAGGGUUUUUCAUUAUCAACAAAUAUAAUAACUUGUACAAAAUAAUGUAUUUAAAGGUGCAGUCAUGAUUUGAUGAAAUAUAUAGAACCAAUUGUUUUGAGAUUUCAUUGAGAAUGUAAAAAAUAUAUAUAUUUAAAAAGAUUUCUUGAAAAUAAAUGUGUGAAUGACAGAACUGUGUGUAUAUAUAAGGUGGAUUUUUUUUUUUUACAUGGGGUAUGGCACAUUGAAUUCCCUUUAGAAGAGGAGUGAUGAUUCAAGGUUCUUUGAGCUAAAAAAAGAAAGGCAAGUAACAUCAACGGAAGAUGGCACUACAUACCACUUUCUCCUCAAACCUUGUUCACUGCUCUGAAACCCAAGCAGUUUCAAGUCUCAGGACCACACAGUGAUUGUGACUGGGGCACCUACUGCAUUGAAAUACUCUAUGAAUAAACUCUAUACCAGAUUUA